CCUUAAUUCCAUAGUAAAAAGAUAAAGAAAGAAAUAGAUAAGACUGAUUAUCAAGGUUUGAAAAUCAAUGGAGAACCAGUACAAGAUCGCUACAGUUAACGAUUUCAAUCGAUUUGACGAUGAACAUGAAGAACAAGAAGAAGAAGCUGCGCAGAUUCCGAUUCACAGCCAAGUAGUGAAAAUCAAGAAAGAAAUCGAGAAGAUCAGACAGCCAUCGCUUCAAGAACCGGAAAUGAAACGAGUUCGUCUUCUUCGCAACGCGUGCACGAAGUUUCAGAGACACACGAGAUCUCCUCUCGGAUUAGCUGAACGACCGAUCUCUCUGCUCGGAAAUUGAAUCGUGUAAUUACAACUUUACAAGAUAAGGCUUCGAUUUUAAUGGAAGCUCUGUUUUUCUCUUCUUCUUUUUUUUCAAUUAUAUAAUCAGUUUUAGAACUAUGAAGUUUUUUGUAUAUAGAAAAAUAUCAGUAGAAACUUUCUUCUAUUAAAUUUACAGUUAGGAUUGAUGAUAUGAUCGAAAAUCUUUAUUACUGUUUUAUAUAUAUAAAUCUUUAACGUUUUGAAUCUGA